GGCCUCGGCGAGCGCAGAAAAAACGACACCGCGAGAAAAAUUAGUAUUUUUGCACUUCACAAAUUAAUGACCAUGAGCUCGUUUUUGAUAAACUCCAACUACAUCGAGCCCAAGUUCCCUCCCUUCGAGGAGUUCGCGCCGCACGGCGGCCCGGGCGGUGGGGACGGCGGCGCGGGCGGGGGUCCCGGCUUCCCGCGGACCCAGACCACCCCGCACCUGCCAGCCCCGAACCUGCACGCUGCCCGCCAGCCCCCCGCCUACUACGCGCCGCGGGCGCGCGAGGCUAGCUACCCCGGGGGCCUGUACCCCGCGCCCGCCGCCGCCUGUCCCUACGCCUGCCGCGGCGGCAGCCCCGCGCGACCCGAGCAGACCCCGGCCCCCGGCGCGCACCCCAGCCCGGCCCCGCAGCCCCCCGCGCCCCCACGACACUGCGCUCCAGGCCCCGCCACCCCGGCUGGCGCGACUGGGGGCAGCGCCCCCGCGUGCCCGCUGCUGCUGGCGGACCAGGGGCCGGUGGGCCCGAAGGGCAAGGAGCCCGUGGUGUACCCCUGGAUGAAGAAGAUCCACGUGAGCGCCGUCAACCCCAGUUAUAACGGAGGCGAGCCCAAGCGCUCUCGAACCGCCUAUACCCGGCAGCAGGUCUUAGAGCUGGAGAAGGAAUUCCACUUUAACCGCUACCUGACCCGGCGGCGCCGCAUCGAGAUCGCCCACACGCUCUGCUUGUCUGAGCGCCAGGUCAAGAUCUGGUUCCAGAACCGAAGAAUGAAAUGGAAGAAAGACCACAAACUUCCCAACACCAAGAUGCGAUCUUCCAACCCUACCUCAGUCCCUGCCGGCCUGCCUGGAAAAGCACAAACUCACAGCCCCCACCCCCAUCCCCACCCUCUCCCUAGUGCCUCCACACCGAUUCCCUCCUCCAUAUAAUCAGUUUCUGUCACUUACCUGUCCUUCUCUCCUGCUCCUGUCCUCAUCUACUCCUCCCCAAGAAA